AUGAUCCUCUCGUCUUGCAAACCCGCUUUUCUACGUCGCCUCACGAGCUCUUGUUUGCCUGCUCUACAAUGUUUUGCCUCCGGAACUAUCUUCAUCCGCAGUUCAAUUCACGGUCUCCGAUAUGGAGCUGGUUCCAGUUCCAGAGACGACCAACAAGCCUCCAAUCACGAGCUUGCUUUGGUCUCUGCUCUGAAGUUAUGUUGUAUCAAUUUGGAUGUUUCUCGAGGCAGGGGAAUCCAUGGCCUGGUUAUGAAAUCCGGCUUGGAGUCUAACAACUUCGUGGAGAACAGCUUGAUCAACAUGUACGCCAAGUGUGGGUGCUUGGGCGAUGCGCAAUCAAUGUUUGAUUCGUGUGCGAAACUGGAUCCUGUCUCCUAUAACAUUAUGAUAGCAGGGUAUGUGAAAUCUGGGGAAUUGAAUGAAGCCCGCAAGCUGUUUGAUAUAAUGCCUAAAAGAGGCUGCAUUUCAUAUACGACCAUGAUCAUGGGUUUUGCACAAAGCGGCUUCUUUUGGGAGGCAUUUGAGGUUUACAAACAGAUGAGAAGUGCUGGGGUGCUCCCGAAUGAAGUGACGAUGGCAAGCUUGAUACCCGCUUGUUCGAGCUUGGGCGGGAUCAAAGUCUGUAGAAUGCUUCAUGGGCUGGUCAUCAAGAUGAUAUUCGAUCAGCUGGUCCUUGUUUCCACUAAUUUGCUACGCAUGUAUUGCCUGUGUUCCAGUUUAACAGAUGCCCGAGCAUUGUUCGAUGAAAUGCCAGUGAGAAACAUCUUCACAUGGAACGUAAUGCUGAAUGGAUAUGCUAAAGCUGGAGUUAUUCAUAUGGCUCGAGACGUGUUCGAUAAUGUUCCAGAGAAGGAUGUUGUAUCUUGGGGUACCAUCAUUGACGGUUAUAUACGAGUACACAUGUUGAGUGAUGCUCUUUCGAUGUACCGAUCCAUGGUAUCCUCUGGUGUAGAAGCUAGUGAUGUUAUGAUGGUCGACCUGGUUUCUGCUUGCAGGAAAGCACUAGCAAUCAGCGAGGGCCAGCAGCUACACGCGAUCCUCGUGAAGAAAGGUUUCGACUGCAACGAUUUUAUCCAGGCAACAGUAACCCAUCUCUAUGCAGCUUGUGGCAGAAUCAAGGAAGCUUGUUUGCAGUUUGAUCAAGGAAUUAAGAAAAACAUCGCGUUAUGGAAUGCUCUCUUGUCAGGUUUCGUGAGAGUCCAGAUGAUUGACCAAGCAGCUAAGUUAUUCAAUGAAAUGCCAGAAAGGGAUGUUUUCACUUGGAGCACAAUGAUCUCUGGUUAUGCACAGAGCGAGCAGCCAACCAUGGCAUUGGAGUUAUUCCAUAACAUGGUUGCAGCUGGUAUCCAACCUAAUGAGGUGACUAUGGUGAGUGUGUUCUCAGCAAUUGCUUCUUUAGGCACUAUGAAAGAAGGCAUCUGGGCUCAUCGAUACGUAGUCAAUAGCUAUAUACCUAUUAACGACAAUCUGAGUGCUGCACUCAUAGACAUGUAUGCGAAAUGUGGGAGCAUACCCAAUGCGUUGGAAGUGUUCCAUCGAAUCCGUGACAAAGCAGCCACUGUCUCACCCUGGAACGCCAUCAUAUGUGCUCUUGCCAUGCAUGGUCAUGCGAAUCUCUCUCUCGAGAUAUUUUACGACCUGCAAAUGCGAGGCAUCCAGCUCAAUGCAAUUACAUUCAUUGGGGUUCUCAGCGCCUGCUGCCAUACUGGGAUGAUGGAGCUUGGGAAGAGAUACUUCGAGAGUAUGAAAUCAGCCCAUAAUGUGAGCCCCGAUAUCAAGCAUUAUGGCUGUAUGGUGGAUCUUCUGGGGAGAUCCGGGCAGCUCGAAGAAGCAGAGAAACUGAUUAGGAGCAUGCCAAUGGAAGCCGAUGUGGUGAUAUGGGGCACGCUGUUGGCUGCUUGUAGGACUCAUGGCAACGUGGAUGUAGGAGAAUGGGCUGCGGGGAAUCUGGCGAGGCUUGAACCAUCCCAUGGCGCCAGUAGAGUUCUUCUGUCUAAUCUGUAUGCAGAUGCAGGGAAGUGGGAAGAUGCGUUUUCGGUUAGGCAAGCUAUGCAAAGCAGUAGAAUGCUGAGAUUGCCUGGCUACAGUGGUGUUGUUUGA